AUGUCUGGUCUCCUUAGAUAUUCUAGAAAUUUUACUGGAGCUUUGCAUAGGCAGGUACGUUGGUAUGCAUCACCUGUAUCACCAGCUGGCGUUGAUGAUGCCGUAGAUAAACUGAAGACAGAGACCAACAGGCUAUCACAAAUCGCUAAAAAAUUCUGGGAUCAAGUAUCUGUUGGUGAGAAUGUGCAGAAUGGUAAAUUAGUUAUUCAAUUAGAUAAAAAACCGGUAAGAACACCUUUGGGUAACCAUCUGGCUGUUGACAAAGAUAGAAAGAUAUUGGCGAGACUCUUACAAAAGGAAUGGUCUAAUAUCUCCCACGGAUCUGUUAAAACUCACGCUUUACCAUUAACGUCUUUGAUUGCAAGAUGUAUCGACUUAGAAGCUGCUAAUGCAGAGGGUGCUCAUCCUGAUCUAAAAGUUAAGAUCGGUGGUAAUCGUAACGAACUCUCCAACUCCUUACUACGUUAUUUGGAUACAGAUACAAUUUUGGUGUUUUCACCAAGAGAUGAACUAGAAGGUAAGUUAAGAGCAGCUCAAGAUGACAUGUAUCUGCCCAUUAUUGGUUCUGUGGAAAAAUUCUUGAGCCAACACAGUGACAAACCUAUCAGUUUGCAGAUAUUGGAUGCCGAUCUCCAUGGUUUAAGAGGUAAUGCUCAAAAACCUGAAACUUUAGCUGCGGCUAGGAAAUUUUUGGAUAGUUUGAGCGCUUGGGAUUUAGCUAUUUUUGAGAAGACGGUCUUAACCACUAAAUCAUUCAUCUGUGGUAUACUACUACUGCAAAACAAGGCUUCUACUGAUCCGGCAAAGGGUCUGCAAUACACUAUGGAGGAUAUUGCCAGAGCAGCUACGUUAGAGACUAUCCAUCAAACUGAGCGCUGGGGAGAAGUGGAAGAUACUCACGACGUUGAUAAACGUGACAUCAGAAGAAAUGUUCAUGCUGCGGCAAUUGCAGCUUACAAAGCUUAA